AUGUAGAAUAUUAUCCUGUAAUGAAUAAUAUAACAAUGUUUAAAAUAAUAUGAUAAAAAAAAAUAUAAUAAUUUAUAUUUUAACCCUUCAAUGCAAGAAUGUUUCACCAAACAUUACAAAUUCGGGUCUUAUUUUUAAGGGAUUCAUGCGGGCUUUUAUUUUGACACGUUGUCUCAUUUUUUUCUGCAUUCACACUGCCUGGGUUUAUGGGUAAAGCCGGUUUAAUGAACAGCUGAUUUGACAGCCCCCACGUUAAAUAUUUACAUUUUCUGCUGUUUCGAGAGGAUUUCUGCAGCAAUGACAGGACGGAGAUAUGCAUGUUAAAGUCACGGGGUGAAUGAUGGCGUCAGCAUGGCAGCAGGCCGGAUCAGUUAGAGCUGCUUUACUCUUAAACACCAUCAUCACCUUCAUCUUUAUCAUCAUCAGCACCGGCGCACACUCGCACACCUGUAACCAUAAAGUGCCCCAGGACACAGAGGUGAUACAUAAAGUGUUACUGAGGCCAGACAGAUUGACCAAAAGAAGCACUGAUAAACAGUUAAAGAUCCAGAUAGAGUACGACUCCAGCUUGGAUGGGUUAAAUGAAGACAAAAGCAGUCUUGUGAAGGACAAGCUCCUCCCCCAGGCUAUUGAUUAUCUUCAGAAGGCCUUCAGGGUUCGUAAGCAGUCAGGUCCAAUAUUACUGAGCAGACAAUGUGCAACAAAUCAGUACCUUAGAAAAAGAGAUGAUCCCCAUCGCUACUGUCAGGGACCAUGUGCAGACAUCACCAAGUGUGGCCCAGUUAUUGUACCUGAACAACAUUUGCAGCAAUGCAGGGUAUGCAGUGAGUCAGGGAAGUCCUGUGGCCCCACCGGCCCACCUGAUGGUGAGGGGGUGGAGAGGGCAGAUUUUGUGCUGUAUGUGAGUGCGAUGACCACGGAGCGUUGUGGACAAGAGAACAUUGUGGCCUAUGCAGCGUACUGCCAGCUGGAGUCUGAACUAGACAGACCUAUUGCUGGAUAUGCCAAUCUAUGUCCCAAUAUGAUCACCACUCAAGCUCAGGAGUUUGAAGGGAUGCUGUCCACAGUCAAACACGAGAUCAUACAUGCUCUGGGAUUUUCUGCAGGGCUCUUUGCCUUUUACCAUGAUGAUGAUGGCAAACCUUUGACACCACGUUCUGCAAGCGGCCUACCUGCUUACAAUGAAAGUUUAGGGUUAUAUCAGUGGAGUGAUAAAGUCAUUAAAAGAGCAACUCGACUGUGGGACAUCCGUGGCGGCCGCAUGGUGCGACACAACGUCCAUCUUCUGGUCACUCCACGUGUAGUGGAGGAAGCCAGGAGACAUUUCAAUUGCCCCAUUCUAGAGGGCAUGGAAUUGGAGAACCAGGGAGGUGCAGGCACAGAAUUUAACCACUGGGAAAAGCGUCUGUUUGAGAAUGAGGCAAUGACUGGAUCGCACACACAGAACAGAGUAUUUUCCAGAAUUACUUUGGCUAUAAUGGAGGAUACAGGGUGGUACAGAGCCAAUUACAGUAUGGCAGAGAAUCUGGAGUGGGGAAGAGGUUUGGGCUGCGACUUUGUGAUGAAAAGCUGUAAAUUCUGGAUAGACCAACAUCGGCAUGCGAGGCCAACACUGAGCCCAUACUGUGAUUCUGUGAGGAGCGCACCUCUGCAGCUCACCUGCAGGCAGGACCAGCUGGCAGUGGCCGUGUGCAACCUGCAGAAGUUUCCUCAUGCACUUCCUCAGGAGUACCAGUAUUUUGACCAUAUCCCUGGUGUACCUGAGGAAGAUUUAUCAGCAUAUGGAGGGGCCGUGGAGAUCGCAGACUACUGUCCCUUUAGUCAGGAGUUUAGCUGGCAUGUGGGUGGCCAGUACCAGCGCAGCUCUUACUGCAGGGUACAGGAAAACCAGCCAGCCACGUGGAGGAACUAUGGGGCGGAAGAGUACGGCCCAAGGUCAGUGUGUCUGUACCAGAAAUCGGCGUUCGUAAUGGAACAGUGCACAAAACGCAUGACCUAUCCUGACUGGGGCAGUGGUUGCUAUAAGGUGUCUUGUACAGCCCAGAGUUUGUUGGUGUGGGUGCAGAACAAGUCUUAUCCAUGUGUUCGUGCUGGUCAGGUGAUCAGCGUGAGCGUACGGAUGAAUGGAUGGGUCUACAGCGGGCAGCUCAUCUGCCCCGCCUGCUCUGACUUCUGCAGCGACUGCCCCCUCCCUCAUGAGAUCCCCUCUCUGAACACCACCAAGAGUAGCCGCUUAGAUCCUUGUUCCAGCUCUUGCUGCUUGGUGGUGAACGUUUGGCACCUCCUGUUAACUCUUACUCCAGUGCUGGUGGGCUUCCUCCUCUGUGUCAGGGACUGAAUUUUUGGUCCUGAUUGACAGAUGGAUACAGGCACCUUGCUGCCAUGGGCUUCCCUUGAGGUUUAGUUGCUGUGGACAGCAAACGACGAUCACUUCUGUUGUGUAGUCUGUGAUCUUAUAACUAUUAUGGAGGUGUGCACUGUAGAAGUGAUUGAAAAGCCAUUAAUUGCACUUCUGUGCCCGACUGUCAGCUAGAUCUAAAGAGCCAUAGUCAUGCAAGCUGGUGCUAAUUUACAUUCUCUCUGUCUCUCUGAUGGCCCUGUAGCAUUUCUGGUCCUAAAAUAAGCAUCUGGUUGAGAAUGAUCGGAGAUUUUGGUGCUCCUCUAUUGUUCUGUGAAAUUACUUGAUGGCAAUCGUUUUGAUCAAGCAGGACAUGUGACUGACGGAAGAUACUUGUGAAUUUGCAUGGAGUCCUGGUGAGAUUUCUGUUAUGGUGCAAGAUGUUUGAGUUAAUUUAUAGAACUUUGAAUGUUGCUAUUGUGUCUAAGUAGUUUAGAAGAGGUUUAAAAGUGAUUUAAUGAUUUUUGGUGAAUAUACAGUGGGGUCCAAAAGUCUGAGACCACAUUGAAAAGUUUAGUGAUUUUGAAAAAUGGGUAAAACAGAAAGACUUAACAAUAAGGUUUGAUUUGUUGCAUAAGUCAACAACAUUAGUUAACGUGAACUAACAAUGAACAAUACUUUUUAAGCAUUUAUUAAUCUUAGUUAAUGUUAAUUUCAAUAGUAAAAAAAAUAAAAAUUUUUAUGUUAACAUUAGUUAAUGCACUAUGAACUAACAAUGAAAAUAGUAUUUUUAUUAACUAACAUCAAAAAAGAUUAAAUGUAGUAAAUGCUGGUAACAAUAUAUUGUUAAUUGUUUGUUCAUGAUACCUAAUGCAUUAACUAAUGUUACCUAAAGAACCUUAUUUUAAAGUGUUUCCGGUAAUACUUACUAAUACAAUACGAUUGCAUUAAUUUGCAAUUAACUGCAUUAGUUAACACAAAAUAACAACGAACAAGACUUUUACAGCGCAUAUUAAUCUGGGUUGAUGUUAAUUUAAACAUGUAUCAAAAUAUUUGUAAAAUUAAAUAUUGUAUACAAUUUAAGAUUCUUCACUAUUUCUAGGUCAAUAAUGAAAAACACUAAUUAAACGCUAAGCAAAUUUGUGACGUUGACCAUGUUAGCAGUGUGAUCGGAACAUUUUCCAAUCAUGCUGGGAUAACUUGGAUCAUCAGGGUUUGCACAAACUUGUGGAGUGCAUGCUUUGAUUAAAGCAAAAUGGGCAUACUGAAUACUAAGAAAUUUGGGAAUGUGGAUUUUCAGUUUAACUUUUGAUAUAACUUAUGUAUAUUUAAUUAGAAAAUCGCAAAAUAGAAGCAUUUUUAAAUGUGGUCUGAGACAUUUGGAGCCCAUUAUAUUUUUAUGUUUCAUUUGUUUAUCUCAAGUAAUUAUUUGGAAAAUUCAGACUUUUUAAAGACUGAUUCUCUGUUUACCUUGAAAACAUGUUGCCAGAUUUUGGUCUUAAAGGGCUGUCCUAUCAAGGGCUGCAGAUUUUAGAUCUUUAGUGUUUUCUUACUAUCAAUUCACUAAAAGCCCUUGAGAAAGUGAUUUUUAUAGUCCUUUUUAUGAGAUCAGAUGACAUUAGCUGUUAAUUCGUUUGAUUUCACCGAGAUCAUACAUCACUGUUUGAAAAGGUUUUAAUUUUUUUUAACACGAAUAUACAAUAUUUGUUCACAAGGCGCCAUUAAUAAUGCUCUUGACAUUUGCUUUGUAACAUAAAAUUGUUAAUGAGCUUUGCAGUUCAGUUACAGAUAACAUUUUGAAGUUACUCCGUUAUUGUGAUACAAUCCAUUGGGACUUAGUAAUAUAACAAAACAAAAAUCUAAAUUUUUCAGUCUUUUUAAUGAUAUUUGAUAUAUACCAUAUCUCGAUAUUUGUGUAUUUGUUUCUCUUUCAAAGGAAACAUCAUUUGAACCAAACUGCAAUUCUAGCUAAUUCGAUACAGUAAAAUAUAGUUAAAAUGUUUUCACUAAAUGCAAAACUAGUCUAAUGUCAUGCUAUUAGAAAACUUUAGGGCCAAUUACAAAGCACAUUAAUAUCAUCACACUUAAUUUUAUUGAUAUAAAUAUCCAGAUAUCCAAAGCAAAAUAAUUGCAAAUAUUUGAGAUCAUUAGAUAUAGUGCCCAGCUCUACAGUUCUUUAUAAAUGAACCAGUGCCAGUCAAAGCGCAUAGAUCAGCUCUGGGUUGAAAAAAAAAAUCAAUCUUCAUGUUGAAACAUUUGGGCUGAGUCACCAUACAAGUAAAUGGGAGCAGGAAUUGAUUGUUUUGCUACUGCAGUGCCAGUAAUUACAAAUAUAGAAAACACUAUGCUUUCUCAUUGCACUGUAUUUUAAUUAUUUGUGAGCACAUUCAAAAUGUUGCGACUAAUUAAAAAGACGAAACUGGGAACAAAAACUGAGGGGCUGCACUCUCCAUGUGAUCAUUUAGGGAAUCAUUUGCUACUGCUUAGGUGUCAAGGACUAGUGAAAGGUAUCCGUAUGUAAUAUAAUUAUCUGUUAUAAUGCUUGUUUGUUUUAUCUUAAAAUAUUUCACAAGAAGCGUGUGUGGACGCUGCUGUCUAAUCUUGUAACUAAAUACACAAAUUCAUAGUUCAUAGAGUUGAACCUUUAGCCAUUAUCAAACUGUUUUUAGGAUUGAUAUAUUUAAUUUCUUUCUACUAAGGUUAGAAAAUGUUUUCAUUCCAGGAACAAACACGGUGUUAAUCAAAUGCAGGUUAAGCUGAUAGCAUGUAAAGAUAAACAUGGCAGCUUUAAUUAUUACCAACACUGAUUUUAGAGGCUUUUGGAUAUGUUUGGAAGUAUUAUAAUGACAAAUGUCUUCAACUUCCAAAAGUUUUUUUUGUGUUUUUUUUUUAGACGAGUUUGCAAAGCGAAAUAUAAUGGACUGAAUGUUACCUGUUGAAUAAUAAAGAUCUAAUCUUAAGAAAAAAAAGAAAAUAAAAAACAAUUUUUUUUUUUUAAACCUAAUUUUGGAAGGUGAAUAUUUAUUAUUGAAUUUUUAAUGAUGAAAUAUUGUGCAAAAUGAUUUCAGAUGAAAUAUUCACAGCUUAAAUAUACAACCAUGUGAAAUUGCAUCCCCAAAAAAUGCAAGCAAUGUUAAUGCAAUGCGUUUAUUUUCAGUUAGUGCAAUUCAGCAUGCUUUUUUGUUUCAAAGACAUUUGUCAUUAAUAUACUUAAAUAGAUAUGGUAUAUAUGCUUUAUAUGGUUUAUUACAGUACAUUACUGUUGUAGUAAUGGUAGCUGUGUAAAGAUAUAUUUUCUUUUUUUGUGUGUGUGUUUUUUUUGUGUUUUUUUUUGAGUCUGCUACUUGAUGAAGAGAUUAGUUUUGUGUUAUACAGAGCAAAUAUAGGACAUCAACUCUUUGUCAUGAAA